CAUAUAAAAAGAAGACAACCAGUAAAAGUGUGUUGCCGACUCUCUGUGCCUCUUCCCUCGUUGCUGUUAUCAUCUCCCUCUUCACUAAACAUAGUAUCCACAUGCUUUACUCCCAUAAAAAAAAAAACAGAAAGGGGGGAAUUCUUUUUUGUUUGCUGGUGUCUGGUGAAAUCUAGAUAUAGGGAGGUGCGUCAGGAGUCUCAGGACAGUCACAUGGCAACAGUGAAAUUUAUCCAAGAGUUAUCUGAUGCUCUUGCGUUGGAAGAAGAAAGGAAGAGUUGAAGCUUUCUUCUUCAUCGUCACUUAUGAUGAUUCAUCGAUGGUGAUGUUUGAGGAACGAAAGCAUCUCUGGGUUUGUUUUCGACAGCUGGGUGAUGUGAGUUUAUUCUCAGCUGAUAAAGUGGGCAUUUUUUCACCACCAGCUUCUUUUAUGUUGAUGAAGCAGCAAGAGAUUCGGCGUUCACGACUGAGCUCAAUCAAGUGGAGUUCUUCUUGAAGGGUUAACUUUUCGUUAGUCGUGAGUAGAGAAAAGAUUGAAGCUGCUCUCAGAAGUUCAGUGCAAGGUUCUUCUUCUUUGGCAGUUUUGCAAUGUGCUCUGCAGAGUGGUUUGCUCUAACAUGCAUUUGGGCUUUGGGUUAUUUCAGAUAGAGAGUUUUCUAAUUUAUCUAUUUAGUGCGUAUUCGUAAUUAGGCAAAGUAGCUUCUCUUCCCUUGAUUGAUUUACAAGAAAGACUGCACGAAAGGGUGGGAACAAGAUGAAAUCUUUGAGUGGAAUUGGACUGGGGUUGAGUGUGGUCUUUGGUUGCCUCCUUCUAGCCCUGUUUGCAGAAUUCUACUACUUGCUCUGUUGGAAAAAGAGGAUCACAAACAGAACAAUUGAAGAAGGCUACAACAACACUCCAACUAAAGAGCUCCUGCACAUUUUCUGCUGUAAAAAGGCAUCUUCUUUGAGCCAAACAGCUUUGAAUCCCCAAGGAUUCGCUUCCUCAGGACUAAUCUGUGAUACCCAGUUGAAUGAUUCACAGAAUCAGCCACAACAACUACAAGUCCACCCAAACAAGGAUAUUCUGGUAAAACCAUGUGAAGAGGAGAGCGUGGAGACAGAGCUCAUGAGGCUGCACAAGAUUGGAGGGCCUCCCAGAUUUCUCUUCACCAUUGUCGAAGAGACAAAGGAAGACUUGGAGUCGGAAGAUGGCAGGUCCAGAGGCGAAAAGGGCUCAAGAGGAAGGAGCUUGAGUGACUUGCUUUUCACAGUGGAGACCCCAUUUCUCACUCCUCUUGCCUCUCCAUCUCUCUUCACACCCCCUCGCACUUCCCCUGCGGACGCAUACCAUAACCCGCACGGAUUCAACCCUCUCUUUGAGUCCUCAACUGAUGCAGAGUUCAGCAGGAUCAGGGUAUCACCACCACCAAAGUUCAAGUUCUUGCGGGAUGCAGAAGAGAAGCUGAGAAAGAAAAUCAGGGAGGACUCUGAGAGGAAUGUUGUCAGCAAUGGUGGUCGCAUUCAUCAUGAUAGUCAGAGUCAGAGAGUUACUGAUUCAAAGUGUACGAGAGAUAUUGAGGAAGAUGGGUCAUUCUUCACCAUCCUUACUGAUAAAAACAGGAGAGAGAAGUGAGUCACCAACAUCAUCUCUCCCCUACCCCAACUAAAGAACUUGACAGAUGCAGUUGCUUAGUUAAUCCAAUCCACAACAACCCUUGUACAAUGAACCGCGAAUCAGUGAAUUUUCAAGAGAAGAGAGAAGAAGACUGGAUCCUGCAAAAAGACAUAGAAAUGAAAAGGUGGGGUCUCAAGGCAAGUGGAGGACCUGUGGGGUUACUUGUUUUAUCCAACUCCAGGUCUCCUGAAUUUUUUACCUGUGUAAUCAUUCUUGUUUCUGAAGGUACUGCUGAAUACUGAUGCUUCAGUCAAAAGCACUGCGAUUCUUGUUUCUUUCUUUUAUUUCAACGAUGUCGUUGUUCUUUCGGGUCUGUAAAAUCUUGUCAGCUUUUUUUGUGAUUCUUUUGU